AUGAACGGCACGGCAAAGGCCAUACCGAAAGCCGGCCGCGUGCCUGCUUUUAAGUUACCUCUGGCCGGACAUCCGGCUAGCAGGCUUUUGAACAGCGGUUUCUCUGGCAGCCCCGAGGCUCGCGCAUACAGCACCUUUGUGCACGCUUGUGUGCGUACAUUCAGAAGCCUUCGCGUCCGCCUCGGACCUAAUCCAAUUGGCGUGGUAGGCGAGGGGUGGGCAGACCUUCGACUCUAUCGCGAAUCUCCCCAAGGCGGCCUGUCAUCUCAUUGGUCAGUUGCUGUCGGUCCCACGGCCUACCAAUGGUGCACCUUCAUCUCCUCGCUCUCGCAAACUGAGGAGGAGGCUGAUCUCGGCUCCUUUCUCAAACAAGAGCUCUUCGUC